UUUGAUUCGCACGAUUGCUUGCUUAUAUUAAGAGCACUCUUUCUUCGAAACAGAGAAGAAAGGGUGAUUAAUUCUGAGAAUUGUUGCACGUAGGAUUUCAUGUGUAUGCCGAUUAAGGUGGCGAAUCCGAGACAAACGACGACGAGGAGGGCUGCCGAAGUGGAUGAGAGGGAGGUCGAUGAUUGGCUCUUCUAUCGACCUCACCCGAGCACUUCUACAGCUGCGGCGCCGGCAAUGCUCUCCGCGCUUGACAGAGAGAGGGAGAUGUUUGAGAUGGUGUCGGCUUUGACGCAUGUCGUGUCUGGAGACACCGCCGGCGACGAGUCCGAUUUAAAACCGAGCGUGACGACUUCUCCUCCUCCUCCUUCUUCUGGGACUUCUUAUUCUUCCGGUUCACCGUUUGUUGAAGCUGGGCGGCGGAAGAGAGAGCGAGAAGAGGAGGAUGGCGGCGGAGAACUGCGUGGAUCACCGGUUACAAAGCUUUGUACUGCUUUCAGUGACUUUACACAUGGAGGCUCUGGAUUGAGAGCAAACGAAGGCUCAAGCACAACAACAGCAACAGCAACACAAACAACAUUGUCUCCAACGUACGAAUACAACAAAGAAAUCCGUCCAGCAGAAACAAGAACAAGAUACAGGGGAGUGAGACAAAGGCCGUGGGGAAAAUGGGCAGCCGAGAUAAGAGACCCAUUCAAAGCUGCCAGAGUCUGGCUAGGCACAUUCGACACAGCCGAAGCCGCCGCCCUAGCCUACGACGAAGCCGCCCUCCGGUUCAGAGGCAACAAGGCAAAGCUCAACUUCCCCGAAAAUGUCUCGCUCCGGCAGCCAUCCGCCAGUUCUCCGACGACCCAGUUGGCCAUUUCUGAUUCUCCAAAUACCCUUUUGGCCAUUCCAACAUCCACUGCUCCGAUCGUUCACUCUCAGCCACUCCACCAUUUGCAUGGCGCUCAGGCUUCUUCAACAAACUUCUUCAACUAUUCCAAUCAAUUGGUUGAUUUUCAGAGGCAAUCCAUGAACCUCUAUGAUCAGAUGUUUUUCUCAUCAUCCCCAAUGGCUUCUCAUUUUCAGUCUUCUCCUUCAUCAAUAUCUUCUUCUUCGCUUGCUUCAUCUGUUUCUUCAUCUUCUAAUUCUUCCCCACCCCCUCAACUUCCUCUGUUUUUCCCGGCUCAGCCGCCUGUUAACCUUGGGCCGGGUCAAGGCCCAGAUUUUUCAGCACCGGAUUGGUCCGGUUCUGGCCACCAUACUCCUCCCCCUAGCUAAUUUUUCUUUUUCUAAAAAGGAAAAUCCUUUUU